AUGGCCUCGUACGAUAAAGUUAAAAUCGUCGUCGUUGGAGAUUCAGGUGUUGGGAAGACAUCACUAACUCAUUUACUCUGUCAGAAUGCACCAAUUAGUCAGCCCUAUUGGACCAUUGGUUGUUCAGUGGAUGUAAAGUUACAUGAGUACAAAGCAGGAACCAAUCAUGAAAAAACUUUUUUUGUUGAAUUAUGGGAUGUCGGGGGUUGGUCGGCCCACAAAAACAGUCGAGCAAUUUUUUAUAAUUCGCUGAAUGGCAUCAUAUUGGUACAUGACCUUACGAACAGAAAAUCGCAGUUGAACUUGAAAAAAUGGCUUGGUGAAAUUCUCAACAGAGAUUCACAACCAGAUCACGAUGGCAGUGAAUUCGACACGGAGCAAUUAGUGGGCUGCAACAUUCCGAUAUUCGUCGUGGGCACGAAACUCGAGAUGACAUCAUCCGGCAGAAAUGACGUCACACACAGACGUAUAUCAACCAUCGCUGAAGAACUCGGCGCUGACGAAAUCAAUCUUGACUCCUCUCACGGCAAGUACAUCGCUCCUGGCACUGGUAAUGCUGUGAAAAUCAGUCGAUUUUAUGAUAAAGUUGGUUUGUUUGUUUGUAAGUUACUUCAUGUGUUAGACAAACAGUACGAUACGAUUGUCUUAAAUAUUUUUUUAAACAAGUACAGAUUUUAUUUGUAA